GUGACAUCUCCGUUUAAAGCUGUCAAAGUGACAUAUACGAUUCUGUCUUUUUAUUUCACAACAGCCACGAGUUGCAGCAAACCAUCAAGAUGAGUUUGUACAACUUUAAGAAAAUAAUGGUGGUUCCGCCAGCCAAGGACUUCAUCGACAUAAUGUUGUCGAAGACACAACGUAAAACACCAACAGUUGUGCAUAAGGGCUACAAAAUAUCCCGUAUACGAGCAUUUUAUGUACGAAAAGUCAAAUUUACACAACAAAAUUUCCACGACCGAUUAACUCAAAUCAUCCAAGACUUUCCGAAACUGGAUGAUGUCCACCCUUUCUACGCUGAUUUGAUGAAUGUCUUGUACGACAAGGAUCAUUACAAAUUGGCUUUGGGUCAGCUCAACACGGCAAGGCAUUUAAUCGACAGCGUUGCAAAGGACUACGUGCGAUUACUGAAGUACGGUGAUUCACUGUAUCGAUGCAAACAACUGAAGAAGGCUGCACUCGGUCGAAUGGCUACGAUAAUGAAGCGUCAAGGCGCUAAUUUGACGUACCUGGAACAGGUGCGACAACAUUUGUCACGUUUGCCAUCCAUUGAUCCGUACACCAGAACCAUCAUCAUUUGUGGUUUCCCGAACGUUGGCAAAUCGAGUUUUAUCAACAAAAUAACCCGGGCUGAAGUUGAAGUUCAACCGUACGCAUUCACAACGAAAAGCUUAUACGUCGGUCACACCGACUACAAAUAUUUGCGUUGGCAAGUAAUCGAUACGCCUGGAAUUUUGGAUCAUCCACUCGAAGAACGUAAUGUUAUUGAGAUGCAGGCCAUUACAGCAUUGGCUCAUUUACGUGCGUGUGUUUUGUACGUCAUGGAUAUUUCCGAACAGUGCGGCCAUUCGUUGGAAGAUCAAGUCAAGCUAUUCGAAAGUAUUAAGCCACUGUUCACCAACAAACCGUUGUUGGUAGUCGUGAACAAGGUAGACAUUUGUGGUUUGAAUGAAUUGAACCCGGAACGUAGGAAGAUAAUCGCGAAAUUGGAAGACGAUAAGGAUGUAACAUUGAUGGAAAUGUCGACGAUAACCGAAACUGGUGUCUGUGAAGUUAAAACAGAAGCUUGCGAACGUCUUCUCAGCUAUCGUGUUGAUCAGAAAAUGCGAACUAAGAAGGUGGAUGGUAUCCUCAAUCGUCUGCACGUUGCCAUUCCGAAGCAGCGUGAUGAUAUCGAACGACCAGCAUGUAUACCACCAAGUGUUCUGGAACGUAAAGCUAAUCGUGCCGACCGUAAACGUAAACUCGAGAAAGAUCUGGAACAAGAGUUGGGUGACGAUUAUUCGUUGGACCUGAAGAAGAAUUACGUGACCAUAGCAGAAGAAGAGCGUUACGACGAUAUUCCUGAAUUCUGGCAAGGUCAUAACAUUGCCGAUUAUAUCGAUCCGGACAUAUUUGAAAAAUUGGAAGAACUGGAAAGAGAAGAGGGAUUGCGCGAAGAAGCUGGCUUCUACGUACCACAAGACAUGACCAUGGAUGCAACACUUAGAGACAUCAGAGAAAUGGCUAAACAAAUUCGUACGAAACGAUUCAUGUUGCGAGAUGAUCGCCGAUUACAAAGUAAGAAGAACAAAUCGACGAUUCCACGGCACAAGAAUCCACGGGUUCGUGAUCGCAGCGUCACUAAACUCAAGGAAACUAUGGAAAAUCUGGGUGUCGAUAUGUCUGGCACAGAGAAAGCUAAUUUCACUAAGAAUGUUGUGGACAUUCGACGUAGUUUGGUACAAGUUGGUAACAAGAACAAGCUUAAGGAUCACGAAAGUUCAGCUAUUGUGAAGAGCACCGGACAGCCAUUGAAACGUGCACUACCACGAACCGAACAAGGCGUGAAGGAUAAGAUUAUGAAGAGGAAGCUGCAAGUUUUGGGACACAAAAAUAUCGCCAGCAAAGUCAAGAGAAUGUGUCUUAAAGGUGAAGCGGACCGUUUCAUUGGCAACAAAAUGCCAAAGCAUUUGUUCUCUGGCAAACGUGGUACUGGCAAAACGGAUCGUCGUUAAUGCAAUGUCGGUAUUUUGUUUACCGUUUUGUGCUAGAUUUUGUUUUCCGAACAUAAAACAACCAAUUUCAAUAAUCAAAA